UGUUUUCCGUUUCUUUUUUUUUUCUAUUAAUUCCUAAAUUACCAAAACGCCGUCGUUUUGUUUUUAGGGUAUUUUUCUUGCUAAACGACGUCGUUUGUCUUGUUCUUCGACUUGGAUCGGAACCUCGUCUUCGUUGUUUGUCUCUGAUCUUGUUGCUUCUCCAACGUAGAACAGUGUUGAAGAUGAGGUUUUUGUUUACUUAGGUCUCCAAUAUAAUUUCUGUGGGAGAAACGUCUUCUUGUCUGAAAAAGAUCGUUAUCGUUGCCACAAUCGAAGCCUUGAAAUGGAAAAGCUUAUUGAGAACCAUCAGUUUGCGACGCAUGCUAUCGCCGCAUCGGCCUCUGUCUCGCUAGGAACUGCGCUCGCUUACCCUCUAGAUACCAUCAAAACCAUUAUCCAGGUUGGUUCAGGACCCAGUAAGAAACUAAGCCCAUCUCAAGUCGUCAACAGAGUUUUCCGCUUCUCUGGCUAUUCAGGUUUGUACAGUGGUCUUGGAUGGUUAACUCUUGGAAGAAUCUCAGGUGUUGGUGCAAGGUUCGGUGUCUAUGAGAUUCUCACGGCUUUUUAUAAAGAUGGUCGACGUGAUAACUAUGUGCAAGUCAGUGAAGCUGUUCUGGCGGGGAUGGUGGGAGGUGCAGCAGAAACAGUGAUGACUUCUCCAUUUGAGCUAAUCAAAGUCCGACAACAAGUGACUGCUGCUUCACGGGCUCCAAACGCUGCAGCUGCUGCAGAAACCGCACCGGUGAUUUCACCAAUGAUCAACAAACUGCUAAGAAGAUACGCUCUUGAUAUGAAGUCGUUGACACAAACCGUGAAUCUGUUAUCCGUGUUGAACCAUAAACACCCAAACAUGACAGCCGCUUUGCAAGAGUACCCAUGGAUGAUGACUGGAACAGGUAAUCCACCAUCAGCCAUGGAUGUUAAGAGACCGCUAGAUGUUGCAUCACUUGAAGGAGUGAGAGCGUUAUGGAGAAAUCUUCGUUCAGGUCUUAUAAGAGAUUGUCUUUACGGAGGAGUGUUUUUCGGAACAUGGCAGUUUCUUCACGAGGCAAUGAUCGGUUGGAAAGCAGUCGGAAUGAAUCCUCUCCCCAGUUCUGAAGAAGAAGUCGGACCUUUAUCUCCCGUAGCUGUUAGCAUUGCUGCUGGAUUUUCUGGUGCCAUUGCAGCUGCAGCAUCUCAUAGCUUUGACACAGCAAGAACACGUGCACAGUGUGUAAUACUGCCAAAGUAUACAGCAAAAGAGAGGAAGUUUCUGAAAUGGAAUAAACCUGGAAAGAGAUUGGAGAGAUGGACAGGAAUCCAUCCUACAGACAGAAACUUAUUGUUCCGGGGAAUUGGGAUUAGGAUGGCAAGAAGCUCUGUUGCAUCGACCAUUAUCGUCGGAAGCUAUUACUUAGCUGUCGAUUUAUUGGUACCAAAGUGAUAACAGGUAUCACACACAAUCUACCUAUCCAUCCAUCUUGAAUUCGAUAAGAAAACCAAUACCUGAGUUUUUUUUCUUUUGUAGUGUAGCCUUCGUUUUGUUAUGCAAUAAAAUGUGGAACAUUUGUGUGUUAUGCUUCCAGUUAUACUCUUUUGAGCUGUGAGCAUGUAACAUUAACAUUCAAGUAACUUCAGAAUGAAAUGCUUGUGCAGGUUGCAAUAUAA